AUGGGAUUCACAAUGGGUUUGAACAUGAUUCUGUUGUUAGCAAUGGUGGCCACCAACAUACUUUCACUCUACCACCUCUCUUCCAACCUCCAAUCCAAACCCCCUGCUCCUCCCCCUGUUCCCGACCACCUCGUACGCCAACUUCAAACCAUACGCGCCACCAUAAGCCACCUCACGCGCCUCCAGCAGACCUCCAACCCUUCCACCUCCGGUGCCAAGGCGUCCCGCCCCAAAAUCCCUUCUGAUCUCCUCACUUACACUCACAUUUCCCCUAUUGCUUCUUCCUGUAAAGACUAUCCUGAGCUACUGUAUCAGUACAUGAAUUACACCCCUUUUAGUCUCUGUCCUAGUGAUUCCCCUCUAGCUGAAUCCCUCAUCCUCCGUGGUUGCCACCCUCUGCCACGGCGGCGCUGCUUUUCCAGAACCACCAAUGCCAAUCCCACUUCACUUCCUACCAGCCCUUUUGGCACCAUCCCGGAUAACACUGUAAAUUGGUCUUAUUAUAGCAAGGGCAAUUGCAAAAGCUUCACUUGCCUUGCUAAAUUGAGCCCUGAAUUGGGAUUUGAUCUGAAAGUGGAGAAAGCUAAAUUCUUGGAGUAUAAAACAGAUCUGGAUCUCCCAAUUUCACAGCUCUUGCAGCUUUCCAGGUCAUCAAGAAGUUUUAUUAGGCUUGCACUUGAUGUUGGGGGUGGGACAGGUACAUUUGCUGCUCAAAUGAAGUUGCACAAUGUGACUGUUAUAACCACCACUAUGAACCUUGGGGCACCUUACAAUGAGGCAGUUGCACUGAGGGGGUUAUUGCCUUUGCACGUUCCAUUGCAGCAGAGGUUGCCAGUAUUUGAUGGGGUGGUGGAUCUAGUGAGGUGUGGGCAUGGAGUGAACCGGUGGAUCCCUUUGACUGCCAUGGAAUUCUUGUUUUUCGAUGUCGAUAGAGUGUUGAGAGCUGGAGGAUACCUAUGGUUGGAUCAUUUCUUCAGUAAAAGGUUGGAUCUUGUGAAGGUUUAUACACCCUUGAUUGGAAAGUUGGGUUACAAGAAGGUAAAGUGGGCAGUUACCAAUAAGACAGAUUCUAGUGGAUUGAAGAAUGGAGAGGUUUAUUUGACUGCCUUGCUGCAGAAACCAAUUUCAAGAUGA